CAAAUUAGUUGGUACAGAACCCUAGACAAGCAACAAAUUUCUUCCGGCACUACUCUGAAAGAUCCCGUACGGCGUGGCCCACACGGUGUCUCCAAGUAUGCUGUUCGAUUUUUACCUGGUCGACCGGGCUACGCUCCCAAUAUGGCCGGAGUGGAUGUGACCAAACUGAGAACCUAUCAGUUGAUCGUUCGAUUUGUGGACAUAAACGAUGCGAACACAAAGUUCCGUUGUGUUAUUGAACUCCGAACAACUCCCAUAAGUCAGUGGCCAACAGCAUACGGACGAAUCAUUGUCAAACGGGCCCCGGAAAUUCUUCCCGGUUUGAUGUCCCAAAUUGUCACCGAAGGGGAAUCACUGACACUGGUCUGUGAGGCGCAAGGCUCUCCAGCCCCGAUGAUCAGCUGGACUCGAGCAAAUGGACGGCCUUUAUCUCUGCCUGGAUUUCCACAACGAAUUUAUAAUUCUACACUCUAUUUGCCCAAAGUUGCCCGUGACGACCGUGGCGUGUAUCGGUGCUAUGCGGUGAACAAUGUGGCAGGUUCGGCGCAAUACGAUGUCAUGGUUGAGGUGAACUAUGCCCCCUAUGUUAGGGUAGCUCGGUUCAAAGGAGCCUAUGGUCAGGUCAGUCGACGUGAUGUGUAG